GUUCGCAACGAAAAAGGAAAAGAUAUCGAGUGCUUUGGGGCCACGAAACGGUGCGCCUAAAGGAAAUACUUUCUGCAAGACACCGCAGGUACCCUUGAGGCAAACAUGGCACCGCCUUGGUGGUUUCUCCUGUGGCUCCACUUCACUCUCGGUGCCAUACCCGUAGCUCAAGGCCACCUGUGGGGGGCUCCGAACAUCAUCUUUGAAGAAGCCAGGGGCAGGAUGUUCGCUGGCUAUGUGAACUCCAUACUCACAAGCGCGAUGAAUAGGGCGGGGCUAGCAGAGUGGAACUACGUAACCAACAUCACGGAGUACAACAAGCACAGAAAAGUGGCUGAGUCUAUUGCCUUGAGGAAGUUGCACAAGAAAAUAUCGGAGCACGCCGCACAAUUCAGGUGGACCGAAUUCAGAGACCCCAUGACGAGAAGAAUUUUUGACGAACUGUCAUCUCUUGGUGCUUCCGUUCUUUCACAUGAAAAGGAAGACGAGUUGACGAAGCUGAUUUCUGAGAUGCAGGGGCAUCAUGCUUCAGCAAAAGUUUGCCCAUGGUUAAAAAACACCUCUCAACAAUGUCACUUAUCUCUCGACCCAGAAAUCAUAAAUAUUAUGAGAACGUCGAGAAAUUACUGCGAACUCUUGCACGUCUGGGACGAGUGGCGUAAAGUUGCAGGAAAGCCCAUGAAAGAAAAGUUCUUGCGUUACGUUCAACUCGAAAAUGAAGCUGCGAUACUCGGCGGACAGCACGACGCAAGUGUCUCAUGGCUAGGUGCCUAUGACGACGAUAAUUUUGAGAGGAAACUGGAGCAAAUAUGGGCACAGAUAAAGCCACUCUACAUGCAUCUGCACGCGUACGUGCGUUCAAAGUUGCGUAAUGUGUACGGCAAUGACAGAAUAUCAGAAUUUGGACCCAUUCCUGCCCACCUUCUUGGUCACAUCCACGCCCAGCACUGGACUGGAAUAACGGAAAUCACUACGCCAUAUCCAAAUAAACCUGCCAUGAAUGUCACAGAUACCAUGUUGCAAAUGAACAUGACUGUGCACGGCAUAUUUUUGUACGCGGAGGAGUUUUUCACCUCAAUGGGUCUUCCUGCAAUGCCAAGCACAUUUUGGAGGCGAUCGUUACUGGAAAAGCCGCUGGACAGGAAAGUUGUUUGCCACCCUUCUGCUUGGGACUUUUACAUCAACAAUGACGUCAGGAUCAAGCAGUGUACUCAAGUAAACAUGGAUGACUUCCUGACGGCGCAUCACGAAAUGGGUCACGUGGAGUAUUAUUUGAAGUACGCAAAUCAGCACAUCGUCUUCAGAAAAGGAGCCAACUUUGGUUUCCAUGAGGCUAUUGGAGACACAAUUUCUUUAUCUGUGUCAACACCAAAGCACUUAAAGGCAGUUGGCCUUCUCAAAGAGAUGCGGGAGGAUUACGAAACUGACAUCAACUACUUAUUCAGCGUUGCUGUAGACAAGAUUGCUCUAAUACCAUCAGCAUACGCCUAUGAUAUGUGGAGGUGGAACGUGUUUAGGGGCGUUUACGCGCCUCACCAGUACAACGCUGCCUGGUGGACACUACUGCUGCAUUACCAAGGCAUUUGUCCCGCAAUACGUCGCUCACCAGAUGACUUUGAUCCGCCAUCCAAGUACCACAUUUCGGCUGACGUGCCGUAUAUCAGGUAUUUUGUAAGCACAGUCUUGCAAUUUCAAUUCUACAAAGCACUUUGCGACGAAGCGAAUCAUGUUGGUCCGCUCCACCAGUGCGAUUUUUACCACUCAAAGGAAGCGGGGAAGCUGUUCGGGCAUGUGAUGCAGUUGGGGUCUUCAAAGCCCUGGCCGGAAGUGCUAGCUAUCUUAACACGAGGGAAGGCGAGAGACCUCGAUGCUGCACCACUGCUGGAGUACUUCAGGCCGCUGUACAGAUGGCUCCAAGCGCGCAACAGAGGUCAAUUCAUUGGUUGGAUAAGCUGGGAUCCCCUUUCGUGCCCAGGGGUGACCACCUGUCCAGUAAGAAAUUGGUACGACUACAACAAUCCCUGGGCAGCUGGAAAGUAGUUCAAUAUUGUCUGCGCAUAUUGCUAAUAAAAGGCAUUGCCCGAAUAAUA